UUUUCGAUAUCGAAUAAAUCGUUCUGAACUGUGAUGCUCAAGGUGACGGAAAGCAAUUUGCUUGUAUUUCGUCUCCACCAAUCAGAAAGCGGGAGGCAAUAACAUACACGGAACAUUGGCAGUGUCUGGUCCCUCCGUGUUCGAAUCGAGGACGAACAAUCAUCCGAUGUGUAUACUGUCGUUGAAUAAAUGCGCUUCGUGUCGUCUCAGGCAUGAAACACGGACCUGGAAUUCCGUUCAAGUCUACAAAACUUCAGGGGCCAAGGAGGAUGUUGCUUCAGAGCAAAGCGGUUAUGAGUGAUGGUUGCUGAUUGGUGCAGCGCAAGAACGAGGUUUGAAUGUGAGAAGAGUUUUACAAGGGUUUCAAGGAGUACUGGAGGAAGUAAACGAGGCAUUGUUGCUCUGAUACCACAUCAGAGUUGUUGUAGUUUCAUGAGUCUGAUUUUCAGCUGUUCACAGUCACUCUUACUGGAUCAGGAAAGGGUUCUGUUGGGUAUAAACAGAGGAGGGACACAAUCUGUACACUUUAUGUCCUUGGACUCAAAUUUCCGUCUAUAUAGAGUUCGACCUCCGCCUGGUCACUUGUGAUGAGUUCCAGUAAAUGGGCACUUGGUUGAACAAGGUCUUUUUAUGAAGCAGAGAGAGGGCAUACCCACCCUGAGUAUGUAAAUGGAAGUUGUUGAUCGUUUGAAGCCGCGGCAAAGUGAAGAGAAGUGUAGCAGGGCAUUAAAGAUUUCGUGGACGGGAAUAGAGGAUUUGUAGUGAUGGUGCAAGGAGAGGAAAUUGGAGCCGGGGCUUGCCAAGUGCAAUGCGCCGGCCCUGGUUGCAGAUGCAUUCUGAGCGUUCCACGAGGAGUGCUGAACUUCCAAUGUCCUCAGUGCAAGUUGCCCCAAGCUCUACCGCCCCUUCUGCAUCCACGGGGAGUUGAUACAUCAAAGUUGCAGCUGCCUUGCGCGAAUUGUCGAUGCAUUCUCAACGUUCCUCCCACUCUACGCCGGUUUGUUUGUCCUCAGUGCCGCGUUGAGCUUGCAGUAGAUCCUCUCAAGUUGGCUGCAUACCGAAGUUCACUUGCACACCUCAAUCUUCUGUCUGGACAGGCCCCAGGGUUGUUGGAUAGUGCUGUUGUUGGAGAUGCACUAGACCCCGCUGCAGCUUGGGGUAGACUGCAUGUCAAAGAGGAGGUGAACGAGGUUGCUCUCGAAGUGGAGCAAGAAGAGGAUGAAGGAGGCACUGCUGGUGAAACCUUCACAGAUUAUCGACCCUCAAAGUUAUCAAUCGGUCCUCGACAUCCAGAUCCAAUCGUAGAGACUUCAUCUCUUUCAGCUGUUCAGCCUCCAGAGCCAAUCUAUACCCUCAAAAUGGCUUCUGAGAUUGAGCAGUCCGGAACUCUAUCGUGUUUACAACUGGAGACAAUUGUGUACGCUUCUCAGAGGCACAUGUAUCACCUUGCGGAUAACUCCAGAGCUGGUUUCUUCAUCGGUGAUGGAGCUGGCGUUGGAAAAGGUCGGACCAUCGCAGGGCUUGUGUGGGAGAAUUGGCAACAGGGAAGAAGAAAAGCUCUAUGGUUAUCAGUCGGCUCUGACUUGAAGUUUGAUGCAAGGAGGGAUUUAGAUGACGUUGGUGCUAACUGUGUUGAAGUUCAUGCUCUGAACAAACUCCCAUAUGCGAAGCUCGACUCAAAACAGGUCGGAGUGAGGGAAGGAGUAUUAUUCUUGACGUACAGCAGCCUAAUUGCAUCGUCAGAGAAGGGAAAGUCCCGCCUGCAGCAGUUGGUGUCGUGGUGUGGUACCAAUUUUGAAGGACUUCUGGUUUUUGACGAGUGUCAUAAAGCUAAAAAUUUGAUCCCCGAGGCUGGAGGACAGGCCACUCGUACUGGAGAGGCUGUGUUGGAGCUGCAAACACGAUUAUCUGAUGCACGUGUUGUGUACUGCUCAGCGACUGGAGCAUCAGAGCCCCGCAAUAUGGGAUACAUGGCCCGCCUUGGUUUAUGGGGACCUGGAACUGAUUUCCCCCAUUUCCAAGCGUUUCUUGUGGCACUUGAAAAGCGUGGAGUAGGAGCAUUAGAGCUUGUUGCGAUGGACAUGAAGGCUAGGGGUAUGUACUUGUGCAGAACACUGAGUUUUAAAAGUGCAGAGUUUGCCAUUGACGAGGUUCCAUUGGAAUCAAAUAUGAAGAAAAUGUACUUCACUGCAACGCAAUUUUGGAACGAGCUGCGGACGGAGUUAAUGGUUGCUUUAGAGGCUGUCCAAGAUAGAAGGCCAAAUCAAAAUCAACUUUGGCGCCUAUAUUGGGCCAAUCAUCAGCGCUUUUUCCGACAUAUAUGCAUGUCAGCCAAAGUACCUGCCGCUGUCAGAUUGGCGAAGCAAGCUCUUCUAGAAGGAAAAUGUGUUGUCAUCGGUCUGCAGAGUACAGGGGAAGCUCGCACUGAAGAGGCUGUGAACAAAUAUGGAGUUGAGCUUGAUGAUUUUGUCUCAGGACCAAGAGAAUUGCUGCUGAAACUUGUAGACGAGCACUAUCCUCUCCCACCAGAACCCAAAACUCUGCAAGACGAUGAGAUCUUCAAAGGAGAGAGUCGGAAGCGACCUUUUUCUAGCAUCGUAAAUGUUCCUGGAAGAGGACGAUCGAAGAAGUCGGCUAUACCCAUCGGGAGUGACGAGGAUGGUGACGAGGACGAUGAAACUGAAUCUGAUGGAGAGUCAACAGAAAUCGAUGAUGAUUUCAAAGUUUGCAGUAUCUGCUCAAGUGAAGAUGCGUCACAACAAUUGGUGGAAUGUUGUCUAUGCUUGCGAGUUACACAUACUGGCUGUCACGCUCCUCCAGUUACUGAGGUACCCAGAAACAAGCGUUGGCACUGCUUUGACUGCAGCAAGGAGUUGAAUGAAAUUCAACAAGAACGCCGACUUUUUAUUGCAGACCAGUUCCAAAGGUUUGAGGCAGCCAAGGAGAGAAGGACAAAGGUUAUGGAGGUGAUUCGGGGGCUAGAUUUACCAAAUAAUCCAUUGGAUGACAUCAUUGAUCAGCUGGGGGGUCCUGAUUGUGUUGCAGAAAUGACAGGCCGGAGGGGCAUGCUUGUGCGUGCGGCAAAUGGGAAAGGGGUUAUUUACCAAGCACGCAAUACCAAGGAUGUAACAAUGGAGAUGAUAAAUAUGCAUGAAAAACAGCAAUUUAUGGACGGAAAGAAACUCGUCGCAGUAAUCUCGGAAGCUGCCUCUGCUGGUGUAUCCUUGCAAGCUGACAGGCGCGCUCUGAAUCAGAAAAGAAGAGUGCAUAUUACCUUAGAGCUUCCAUGGAGUGCGGAUCGUGCAAUUCAACAAUUUGGUAGAACUCACCGCUCCAACCAAGCUACUGCUCCUCAAUAUCGGCUACUGUUCACCAAUCUUGGUGGUGAACGACGAUUUGCUUCAAUUGUUGCGAAACGAUUGGAGACUUUGGGUGCUUUGACUCAGGGUGACCGUAGGGCAGGAGCUGGUCAGUCCCUCAGUGCCUACAACUAUGACAGCGGCUAUGGGAAGAAAGCGCUGGCUAUGAUGUACAAAGCUGUUCUGGAGCAGCUAGAACCUCCCGUACCUCCUCCAACUAAGAACGGAGAAUCAGACAAAGAUUUCUACUUGUUCGCAAGGGCAGCCCUCCUAUGCGUCGGAAUCAUCCGAGAUGCUCAAGCUGGUCAGUUCAAUCCUGGGAGUAAGGCCUCCUUUAAAGGCAUGGGGCGUAUUACUGAAGCGGAUCUGCAUGAUGUCGGGCGAUUCUUGAAUCGAGUUCUUGGCUUAGAACCGGGCUUUCAAAACCGUCUCUUCGAGUUCUUCGUGAAUAUUUUUGACGAUCUUGUUCAAGGGGCUCGAAAAGAUGGACAGUUCGAUUCUGGGAUUGUGGACAUACGAGCCAAUUCUAUUGAAUUGCAAGAAGAGCCCAAACCAGUCCAUAGGGAUCCUAUGUCUGGAGCUCUUACGACGCUCUUUUUACUCAAAGUUGAUAAAGGAUUCACUUAUGAGGAUGCGAAUCAGCUUUUGGAACAAAACUCUAGGGAGGAUGACAAGUCCGAGAAUGGAUUCUAUCAGUCAAAGAGAGAAUGGCAAGGAAGAACACAUUGUCUUCUUGCUAUUGAGAAAUCUGGAUCAAUCUCCCACAGUUUUAGAAUCUUCCGGCCAGCAAGUGGCGAAGCUGCGAGGGAAAUGUCACUGACCGAGCUUAGAACGAAGUACAGCAAAUUCUCAUCGCUCGCACAAGCCAAGGAAGGAUGGUUGAAAGACUACACACUGUCAGCAGAUCAGUGUAUGCACGGGCCGAAGUGCAAGAUAGGCAGCAUCUGCACUGUGGGCAGAAGAAUACAGCAAAUGAAUAUCUUAGGGGGUCUCAUACUACCUGUAUGGGGAGCUGUUGAGAAGGCCCUAUCUAAGCAGGUUCGGACUAGUCAUAGAAAACUCCGUGUUGUUCGUCUGGAGACGACGAAUGACAGUAAACGAAUCGUGGGGCUGCAUAUUCCAAACCCAGCAGUGAGCACCGUGUUGUCUGGUCUCAAUGGAACACAUUACAAACCAGCAACACCAGAAGUCCUGGCAUUGGAGUACCAGCCAACCUCUUAGCUCUUAUUGUACCAUAUACGCUCCUGGUGAACACUCGAAGUAGAAUGUAUAGUGAAUUUUGAAUGCAGACCACCAAAUUCGAUGCGGGAGAGUAGUUUAGAACAGCAAGGAACAAGAACUAACCACAUUCAUUUACGUCGUUGGUUUGUCACUUACAUCUGGAUUAGAUCAAAUGAUGUAGAUUGUCAGGCAGAUGAGGGUAGGAAAGAGUUUAGAUGAUAGAAAAUUAGUGAACCAGUUUCACUGAGAGGUCCUCAUGGCCAUAAUAUAUGAAUUUUUUGCGGAGGAGCUCGUGAAAUUCUGUCUUCCCAUAUUUUAACCACGUGAAGUAGAUCCCCAAGUUUACACCACUAAGGAUAGAAUUACUGUUUGUGUUAUAUUAUUAUUGUUCCAACUUGGAACGUCGUGUACUUUGAACCUUAGGUUGAAGGUUCAAAGUUACGGGAGUGUGCGGCACGGAUUGCGGCUCAAACCAUCAGCGACUUGGUUUAACUGCCCGUCUUGGUUGAAUUGAACUCACACUCUUGAAGUAUCAAAGCCCA